AUGGAUUGGAUGCCUUUACGAAGUUUCUGAAAACUGAAUUCAGUGAGGAGAACAUCGAGUUCUGGAUAGCUUGUGAGGAUUACAAGAAAAGCAAAACUACACAUGAACUUAUCCCAAAAGCUAAGAGCAUUUAUGAAACAUUCAUACAGAAAGAUGCACCAAAAGAGGUGAAUCUGGACUUUCACACCAAAGAAGUCACAAGCCAGAACAUCAAGCAGCCCAUCAGCACCACCUUCAACGCAGCACAAAGCACAGUGUACAAGCUGAUGGAGCAGGACAGCUACCCACGCUUCCUAAGAUCUGAUCUUUAUCUAAAUUUAGUGAAGGGGAGAAAUCCCAGUCGUCCCGCUAUGAGGAGACGGUCACGAUCUUUUACUGUCAAUGAAUUCCAGGAGGUGCGAUCAGACUUUACCAUUUGGUAAAGCCCACAUCAGCCC